GUAGCACAUCUCUACGAGUUGCCGGCCCUCGUUGUUUAGUUUCUGCAUGCCCCUCAUUAAGCUCAGCGCGUUCGGCAUCAACAUCUGCUGAUACUGCGGAUGAUGCAAUUGUCAAAGACAUUGAAGCUGAUGUCGAGGAAGAAGGCACCGUAAGGGACCUUCGGCAUGAAGAUGGGUUAAUGGAAGAAGGUUAUAGUUACAGAGACCCGAAGCCUCGUAAUUGGCGAAGUACUCGACCUUUUUCUUUGAAUCCAUCUUUCAAGCCGCCUAUUCCUCUCUCGGAUACCUUGCGCACCCUAAUAUACAGGCAAUAUAUGACUGAUCCGAAGACUAAUGGUGUUCGCGCACUUGACACUCAGUGCCAUCUCAGUAUCAAGCUUGUCGAUGCGAUUUUACGAAAGGUAUGAAAGUGCACUGGGCCAAGGUGAUUGGCUAGUUUCUUAUCGAUGAACGUCAAGAAUCGCUAACGAUAUAUAUGUGUUUGUGCAUGAUCAAUAAGAGAUCACCGUGGUGCCUUACAUCGCCCGCAAAUUGGUUAUAACGUUUUCAACCCCAUCUAAACUAUAGCUUUUGCUUUAUUCAUGACAUAAACAACCUAUUCAUUUUUAGGAUCAAUUUCUUCAAACAGGCUUCGUCAAGGGAAUGAAUAUGCCUAGAGAAGUGCUAGCUAAUGUAUCGGUCGUUGUCAUUUUCUCUAUGUUAUGUUCAAUUCGAGUUAUAAUGAUUGCAUGACUA